AUGUUACUGUUGCUCUUGGCCUCCGCCUCUGCCUCAACCUCUUCCACGGCCUCUACCUCUUCCGGGAUGACUAGUACAAAAAUUGAUUCUGUCCCGAUUGAUGAUGAAACUAUCAAUUUAGAUGAUGAUGAUGAUGAUGAAGUUAUAGAAUUAGGAGGAAAGAAGACAUCAAAGCGGCAAAGGAAAUUAUCAUCGAUUGUAUGGAACUAUUUUAUUAAGGAGGAAGGCAAAAACAACAAGAGGACUGCAAAAUGUAAAGCUUGUGGAAAAUCAUAUGCAGCUGAUAGUAAAUAUGGGACAGGUAAUAUGAAACGUCAUAUACCUGUUUGUCCUAGAAAAAAUAGUAGGGAUAUUGGUCAAAGUUUGAUUUCUUUAAGUGAUGGAUCUUUAGUGAAUGUGAAAUUUGAUAUGGAUGUGUUUAGAGAGUUGAUUGCCAUGGCUGUGAUUAUGCAUGAUUUGCCAUUUCAGUUUGUUGAAUGGGAAGGGAUGAAAAAAUUAUUAUGCUAUCUGAAACCUGAUUUUCAUAUCAUUUCAAGGAACACUUGUAGAGCUGAUUGCAUUAUGAUUUUUAACAGAGAGAAAAAUCAGGUUAAAUCUAUGUUAGAGUCAACUUUGGGAAAGAUUUUCCUAACUUCUGAUUGUUGGUCUUCUUUGACUACUGAUGGAUAUAUUUGCUUGACUGAGCAUUUUAUUGGUAAGGAUUGGCAAUUACAAAAGAGAAUUUUGAAUUUUUGCUAUAUGCCUCCUCCUCACAGUGUAGUAGCUUUAUGUGACAAAAUUCAUAAUUUCAUAUGUUCUCGGCAAAUUGAUAUGAGAAUAUUUUCUAUUAUUUUGGAUAAUGCAGCUGCCAAUGAUAUUUGUGCCGAUUUAUUGAAAAAUCUUUUACUUGCUAAGGGUGAACUUUUGAAUAAAGGAAAUUUUUUUCACAUGAGAUGCUCGGCUCACAUCUUGAACUUGAUAGUUCAAGAUGGUUUAAAAGAAAUUGAUGAAUCUAUUCUGAAAAUUAGGGAAAAUUCAAAAAGAGGACUUAGACAAGAUGUGCCUACAAGAUGGAAUUCAACUUAUUUGAUGAUUUAUAGUGCUUUAUUUUAUCAAAAUGCUUUUGUUCAUCUUCAAUUGAGUGAUUCUAAUUUCAAGCAUUGUCCAUCAAUUGAUGAAUGGAAAAAGGUAGAAAAGAUUUGCAAGUUUCUACGAGUGUUUAAUGAUAUCACUUGUCUCUUUUCAAGAACAAAGUAUCCUACGGCAAAUAUGUAUUUUCCUUUGGUAUUUUCAGCCCAUUUGACAUUGAAUGAGGGUAUUGCUAGUGAAGAUGCAUAUGUUAAAUCAAUAGCGGAAAAAAUGCUUAUUAAAUUUAAUAAGUAUUGGGCUGAAUAUAGUAUAAUUUUAGUUAUUGCCGUGAUUUUAGAUCCUAGGUACAAGUUAAGUUUUGUUGAAUGGUGCUACAAGAAGAUCUAUGGUGAUGAGGGUGGAGCGUCUAGUACCAAAUUCAUGCAAAGAAUGGAGGAUGAUGCAAAUUAUGCAUAUGGCGCUAAAGAUGUAUUGAAGGAAUUUGAUUCUUUGGAGUUUGAUGAGCUUACUCCGCAAAAGAAUGAAUUGGAGCUUUAUCUUGAGGAGCCAAGGAUGGAUCGAAGAAUUAAAUUAGAUAUAUUGGCAUAUUGGAAAGGAAAUCAAUAUCGAUAUCCUCAUGUUGCAGCCAUGGCUCAUGAUACUUUAGCUAUUCCGGUUACUACGGUGGCUUCUGAAAGUGCAUUUAGUAAUAGCGGAAGGGUCCUCGAUCAAUAUCGAAGUGCAUUAAAGCCUGAAGUUGUUGAAGCUUUGGUGUGUAGUAGAGAUUGGCUACUUGAAAAUCAAGAUGCAAAGUUGUUGGAAGUAGAAGAACUCACAAAAGAUAUUAUGGAGCUUAAUUUGGAGUCCGAGUUUAAAGAAGAUGUUAUAUGUCCUCCUUCGUCAAGCUCAAAGAAUUAA